GCCAUAUGCAAUACUUUAGAAUCACAUAUCCAAACAUGGUGACAAUAACACCAUCCUUGCUUUAUGCUUUUGUUGUGUUUCUUUGCAUGGCUGUUGGUAUUUCAGGUCAAUAUGCAAAGUUUAGUAAGCUCGACUUGCCUCAAGGGGUUACCGGCCCUGAAUCAGCUGCAUUUCGUGGAAUUAUCUUUCCUGAGGGUCCCUUUACUACUGUAACAGAUGGUAGGAUACUCAAAUGGCAAGGCCCAAAUGUUGGUUUCGUCGAUUUCGCAUAUACUUCACCCACAAGGACUAAGCAAUUUUGUGACACUACAACUGAUCCGAAUAAAGGACCUAUAUGCGGAAGGCCAAUGGCUCUUAGCUUUCAACCCACAACCAGACUUCUUUACAUAGCCGAUGCAUAUUUCGGUCUUCUAGUUGUUGGGCCUAACGGAGGGCUUGCAACUCAGCUUGCCGGUGGUUUCAAGUUUGCUACAGGUGUUGACGUUGACUUGUUAACGGGCAAUGUUUAUUUCAUUGAUGCUAGUUUGACUUAUGAUAUCAGAAACACAACCCAACCCGGAUUUAUGCCCGAUUCAACCGGUAGAUUCUUGCGUUACAACCCACUUACUAGACGAGUAUCUGUUUUGCUCAGUGGUCUCUCGGGUGGCGGUGGCCCAGCAGUUAGUCAAGAUGGUAGAUUUGUUCUUGUACCUGAGCUUACUGGUAACCGAAUUUCAAAAUAUUGGCUCGUGGGGCCCAGAGCAAAUCAGGCGGAACUUUUGUUAGGUAACGUUAGGAACCCGAAUAAGAUAAAGCGUGCAGGAAGAUUCGGAGAGUUUUGGGUGGCGGUUUCACUUGGAUUUCGACCGCCAACACCACUCAUCACACCUCAAGGAGUGAGGUUCAAUUCGAAUGGUGUUGUGUUGCAGACGGUGUCAUUUGCUACACAGUUCUUCAAUAAAACAAUCAGUACGGUACAAGAGCAGAAUGGAAAACUAUAUGUGGGUUCUCGUUUAACCAAUUUCAUUGGAGUCUACUCUAACUAGAUCACCGUAUCUACUGUACCAGUACCACACUACUAAAUAAGGUUGAAUGUUCUAUCAUAAUAAAAGUUUAAGCUUUUGUAGUAUGAAUCUUUGGUUGGAAUUCUGUAACCUGGUUAAGAAAAAUAGAGAUGUACAACCCGUUAAAAACUAAA